AUGGGCGAGUUUGAGGCCGAGUCCAAGAAGCCGGACGGCUCCAUCUUGGUCAAGAAGUCGCUCGCGUUGCGUUCCGAUCACCGCCGCACCCGGCGCCGCAACAUGGUGCAGGCCGGGGCCGUCCACGCACUCGUCCAUGAGCACGCUCUCGCGGGCGUGUUCGGCGGCGCGCGUGCUGCGCGGCGGGGCGAGUUCACGGCGGCGCGCCUCUUCGGCGAGCCGUGCUCGCUCAUGUUCGACGCCGAGUCGUCACUGACGUUCUUGGACUACGCGUCGGCCGUCGAGCUCGCAGACCUCCAAGCCGCGCUCGCCGACGCACCAUCGAGUUGUUCACUUUGA